CCAGAGCCGGUGCCUCCGCACGUGCGACAUCCUUGUUCCCUAGCGCUCUCGCCAAAGCCGGAGCCCUUCGUACCCGGAGGCGGGAGCAGUCUUGGAUUGCCGACCACCCGUUCGACGGAGAUCUCCGGCGGCGGCGAUGGUAUCGUUCCUGAAGGCUCUGGUGUACGGCGCGGGGGGCUUGGUUGUGGUGGGGAUGGUGGCGCUGGUGACGUUCCAGGAGCGGCUGGUGUACGUCCCCGUGCUCCCCGGGCUCGCCCGUGCCUACCCCAUCACCCCAGCCCGCCUCCGCCUCGACUAUGAGGACGUCUUUCUCCGGGCCGCGGACGGCGUCCGCCUCCACGCCUGGUUCGUCAAGCACUCCCCCCCGAAACCAGGUCCAACAGUACUUUUCUUCCAAGAAAAUGCUGGCAAUAUUGCUCACCGGCUUGAAUUUGUCCGGAUAAUGAUGCAGAGACUGCAGUGCAAUGUAUUCAUGCUUUCAUAUAGAGGGUACGGGGAAAGUGAUGGUCACCCAUCACAGCAUGGCAUCAUAAUGGAUGCUCAGGCAGCAUUAGAUCAUCUAACACAGAGAAAAGAUAUUGACACAUCAAGAAUAGUUGUCUUUGGGAGAUCUUUAGGAGGUGCAGUUGGUGCAAUGCUUGCAAGAAAUAAUUCUGACAAGGUUUCUGCUCUCAUAUUGGAGAAUACUUUCACUUCCAUCUUGGACAUGGCCGCGAUUAUGUUUCCUUUCCUCAAAUGGUUUAUUGGUGGCAGUGGAUCGAAAAGUCCAAAGGUUCUCAAUUGUAUUGUACGCUCACCAUGGAGCACAAUAGAUAUCAUUGACAAGAUUGAACAACCUAUUAUAUUCCUGUCCGGCUUGCAAGAUGAGUUGGUUCCCCCUUCACACAUGCAGAUGCUGUAUGCUAAAGCUAUAGAAAAUAACAGGGACUGCAGAUUUGUGGAUUUUCCAAACGGCACACAUAUGGAUACAUGGUUCAACGGUGGUGAACGAUACUGGAGAACAAUCCAGUUGUUCCUGGAUCAGUAUAUUCCGGAGAUUAAGGAGUGCAACGUGAACUGUGAAGUUGAUGAUAAGGAUGAGGCAGCAGGAUGAUCGAUUGAUUACAUUCUGUAGCAAAAAGAGCAUGCAAAUAAUGUCUCAGAUGCUCCAGCAAUUAUCUUUUAAUGGGACCCUCAAUCUGUCUCUUUAUGCAGUUCAUCAAGGGGAUUUAGCUAGUUUUUUGUGCACUGCUGCCCAGAAGAUGCCGAAGUUGUGACUCCAAAUGAUCCUCUCCUGCAUAAAUACUGACACUUUGUUUAUAUGAAAUAAGGUUGAAAUGUUGAUUUCCGCUGAGGCGAACAUCAUACUCUGUAUUUUUGAACUCAAAUCACUAGAUAGUCCAAAGAUUUGCUCAAUUGUUCUUGUCUUUCUUAUUAAUGUAUUUUUGGACUCAAACAUACAGAUUUUCUAAUCGGAAGAAGAAGAUUGUUUGCUGUUGCUUC